AAAAAAAACUAUCCCCACAGCCCGACCCGACCCGACCGAGCUCGCUCCUGAUCUCGCUGACAGGCCAUGGCGGCGCUCGUUCCUCCCGACUGCUCCCCUCCCCCUCUAGCACCCCUGGUCCACUGACCGCGCCGCGGCCCUUCUCUGCCGACCGUGCCGCGCCCCUGUCCCGGCUCGCCCCCGCGACCCCGUAGUCGACCGCCGGCGCAUCCAUCUCCGCCGACCGCGCCACGCCGCUGCUCCUCCGACCGCGCCGCGCCCCUGUCCCCUCGACAUCGACUUCAACCGCUCCGGCACGCGUGCCCCUACUCCGCUGGCCGAGUACCCGGCGAGGCGCGCGUCGAGUUAUUGCAGGGAGGUCAGACUUUAGAAGGCACUUGCCUGCACUAUUAAAAUCCUUGUGCGAUGAACAAGAGACCGAAAACAUCUUCUGGGGAGUGAGUUCACUUGAGUUCCUCUAUGGACAUGUCUUCUGCGUCACAGCUUGAACAAUCGAAACCCUUAAUGGAGGCAGAUGUUCAGUUCGAUUCUUGGGCAGAAAAAGCAAUACGCAAUUUCAUCUUUGAAGUUGGACUUGGGCCUCGUUUUGUCUACUUGACAUCUUUCAAGGAGAUGCUUCAAACUGUUCACAAUAGGGAUGUUGAAAUUCCUACAUAUGAAUCCAUGCUACGGGAGGAACUAAAAGAAACUCAGCACCGGGCAAUGCAACUCAAGCAAGAAUGGAAAAAAAGUGGUUGCAGUAUAAUUAUGGAUAGUUGGAAGAGCCGAUGUGGUACAAAAAGCUUCAUAAGUGUUUUGGUGCAUUGCAGCAAAGGUAUGUAUUUCCUCAGAUCGAUCGAUGUCUCUGGAAUCCUCGAGGACAUGGAUGAGCUAGUUUCAGUGUUUUCUCGUGUGGUUGAUGAUGUUGGUGCCCGCAACAUAGUUCAAGUUAUCAGAAAUGAUGCGUCACCACAUAUGCAAAUGGCAUGGCAUUAUGUGCAGAAGGAACAUGACCAUUCAUUCUUCGUCCCACUGUGUGCUGACUUUUGCAUCAACCUUCUGCUUGAGAAAAUUGCAGCAUUUGAUCACGUCAGUGAGGUUCUAAGGAAGGCAAAGGAAAUAACAAGGUUUAUAUAUGGCAAUGUGCUGGCAUAUGAACUGGUAGGGCGGUAUAUUGAUGACGGUGAGAUCCUGAGCAAUUCUUGUUUCAAAUCUGUUGCAGAGUUCAUCACAUUAGAUAGGUUAGUUUCUAUGAGAGAAAAUCUAGUUGAGAUGUUUAGCUCACCUGAAUGGGUUUCCUCUGAUCGGUCUACUAGAAUGUUUAACCCACUUGAUUGGAUUUCCUCUGGUUUCUCUACUACUACAAGUUUGUUCAGGCAUAUCUGUGGCAUAGUAAAGACAGAUGAUGCAUUUUGGUGUGCUGCUGCUGAUGUUUUGAAGAUUACAAAACCAUUUAUCGAUGUGUUGCUUAAACUAGAAUCUGAGGACUGUCCAAUGGGUAUCUUGUAUGACACCAUGGCAAGUGCAAAAGACAUAGUGCACAAUCUUGGAGAUAAAUAUGGUGAUAUUUUGCAUUGGGUUGAUGAGAUAUGGUAUGGUUACUUGCAUACCCCACUCCAUGCUGCUGGUCAUAUGCUAAACCCAAGGGUCUUUUACAAAGAUCCUUCCUGUGAUGAUCCUGAGCUCAGCGGUCGUAUUGAGGCCUGCACAACCGCAAUUGCAAAAGGACAUUAUGAUCCAGGGAGACUGAAAGCACAAAUUGAAGUAUAUAAAGGAAGAUCAGGUUCUUUUGGUUCAGAUUCAGCAAUUCAGCAAAUAGUGGGGACACCACAAGUUGUUUGGUGGUCGGCGCAUGGGACAGGCACGCCUGAGCUGCAGAGCUUUGCCACUCGGGUCUUACGCCAAACAUGCUUUGGCGCUAAAAGAUACAACAUCAGCAGUCAGGUAUCGGAGGAGGCGCAUGAGACGAGGGGAGCUGAUCUCGAAGGGCUGUACCGUGGGCUGGAGUACGUCCACUACAACAGGCGUUUCGCCAGCGCUGCACCACUCAUAGGCGGUCUUUCGGGGGAUCAGUGUGGUAAACCUGGCAGGAAGCUGGGGAGCGACUGGUUCCUGUAUCCGCGGCACCAACAGCAUAUCGUAAUCGGAUCAUCGAACACAUAGACAUAGCAAUUUUUUUCCUUGAACUUUCAUCAGUGCCGUGUGGGCACAAAUGUUGUGACAGAAUGCUUUUUUUUCCUUUACAUUCAGCCAUCAGAGCCGUGGCAGCAGAGAACAUAUGGACCAAAUGUAUACCUUCUCGGCAUCCCCAAAAUUAGUGUCACCGACAUGUUUCCUUGA